UUCUUCUGCACGCUUGAGAUGUUUUCUGUGAGCGCCCCUCCCUUUGUCAAGCUGUUGUUUUUCACACCACUUGAACUGGUUGUGUUUUGCUCUCGUCUGGCCGUCUGCAGCGCAUCACAGGCGGGCAGCUGAUGAUGAGCCUCUGGGGAAUAUUUAAAGCUCCGGGAAAGCGGAAGCCUGGCCUGCUGUUUGUUAUCAGCUGAAGACGGCUGCUAGCUAGCACAACGCUGAAUAUAGCAUAGCAUAUAGCAUUAGCUAGCGUUCUCAUCUGUUAUUUCACACUCAAAACUAAAUAAUGAAACAAGAAGGAAACACGAGGAUAUUAUGGCGGUAAUACCUGCCAUAGGAAGACAUUUUUAAGAAGAAGUCUCAGAGAUGAUGAUCAGCAGGACGAAUGUACUGUAGGAAAUGCAGCAGUCUGGCUCUUAUCUUUGAAACGAACCCUUCCCAGCCUGUGGAGAGCAGAGUUUGUGCUUCCUGAUCCCCAAACCAGCCUUCUCCUCUGAUCCUCGACACCCUCACCUCAGACUCUGCGGCCUGUGUCUGGCUGCUGUAACCAUGACGACAGGCGGGUGUUGCCACCUGCCUGGCUCUCUGUGUGACUGUUCGAGCAGCACCGGCCUGUGUAAGAGCGUGGAUGAAGGAGGGGGAGACGCGUGCCAGGCGCUCUACGUCACCCAGGUCACAGCCAUGGAUGGGCGGCUGCUGUCCUCUGUGCUCAAACCCAUGAGCGCACAAAGUCUCAGUGAUGGUCCCAUCUGCCGUAUUUGCCACGAAGGAGCGUGCGGUGAGACUCUGCUGUCUCCGUGCGACUGCACAGGCACUCUGGGCACGGUGCACAAGAGCUGCCUGGAGAAGUGGCUUUCAUCGUCCAACACCAGCUACUGCGAGCUCUGCCACACAGAGUUCACCAUCGAGCGCCGGCCCAGGCCUCUCACAGAGUGGCUGCGAGACCCCGGCCCCCGUAAUGAGAAGAGGACGCUGUUCUGUGACAUGGUGUGCUUCCUGUUUAUCACGCCCCUAGCAGCCAUUUCAGGCUGGCUGUGUCUGAGGGGCGCUCAGGACCAUCUCCAGCUGGGGAGCUGGCUGCAGUCCGUCGGCCUCAUAGCCCUCACCAUCGCACUCUUUACCAUAUAUGUGCUGUGGACCCUGGUGUCUUUCCGCUACCACUGUCAGCUGUACUCUGAGUGGAGAAGAACCAAUCAGAAAGUACGUCUUCUCCUUCCUGAGGCCAAGGGGUCAAACUCUUCCCAGCAUUCCCUGCUCUCUACCAAACUGAUGAAGAAGUCUGCCAAUGACAGUAUAGUAUGAGACCAAGUGGAGACGGUUGGUGAUGAAGGUGUCUUUAAUGUGCAGGGGCUGAUUGUCGCCUGCCAGUUAGCCUUUAAAGAAGCACUUUUUGUGCUUUUCUUGUUGGUUUUUACAAAUGCCCCAUCAGUACUUAUUUUACAUCCCUUUUUUAAACGACAUCUGUCCUCCUGUGGGUGCAGAAAUGAACACAUUUGAAUGGAGUCUGGGUGUGGACCCGGCUUAUGCAAAGGCUCUGAGGAACGGAGCAGCACAUGGGGAAGUGCAGAGACUUUAACAGAGACAUGGGAACAUGAUGAUUACAUGAAUAACAGUGACAGCAGAAACAGAAAUGACCAAACUAACUUGUUGAGUGGACUGUGAGAUGUUUUAGUUAUUCUUCUGCCUGGUUUUUAAUAACCCGUCCUUCGUCUACAGAUUACUGUGGAGUAAAGCAGCCCCUAUGAUUGUGGUGAUGCAAUGACUAAGUGAGAUUAGAUGUAAAUCCUGGGCAUGCCCUUACCUUUAAAGGCCUUGCAUUCUCUGCACAACGUUACCCAUUGAUGACCUCAUUCAAACCACCUAAUGUGUGAUCCCAUUGUACUCUUAGUUUAUUAAUUAAUUCACAAUCCAGAUGCCAGUGUGCUGUGUGACUUAAGCAUUAUAGCACAAACCUAUCUAACUUCUAUCAACGUUUUUCUAUUUGAUUUUUAUCUUAAGUUUAUUUUUUUACAUCUGAACUAAGAAUGCGUUACAGUACAACAUUAGUAAAGCCAGAGAUUGUGCAAUAAAACACUGUGGACAUCGAGGUCUUCACAGCACAUGAAGAGACCUCGCCCAACAUACACAGUUAUGCAUGCGAGCACUGUUCACAUUUGUUGGGGGAUUUCUUUUGUUUUGUAGAUUAGUGUAUUGUUAAUGUUUCUUUGUGUUUCAAAAACAUUUAUUGAACUACUCCUACUGGGGUAGGAUCAACAGUGUCCUCAUAGAGGUUAUUGUUCCAUCAGCACUUAGCACGUAGAUCCAUUUAAAAUCUCUGUCAAAAUAGCUCUGAGAGGAACAUUUCCAAAUGUUGUUUGGAGACUGACACAGAGCACUAUAAUUGUAACUGCCUGUUUAAGUACCUAAUUAUAGCUUUUCUGUUGUGUUUAAAAUAUUCUCAAACAAUACACACUGCAGUAUGCGUGUAGUUUUAGUUAUCAAAGCAAGAAUCAGGAAAACAGAAAGGCCCUGCAUGCUCUUAUCACUGAAGUCAAACAUCAUCAUCAACAUGUUUUCAGUGCUUGUGUUUAGUGCUUCUGCUAGUCUGACAUUAACCCCCACAAUGACUUUGGUGGUGGGUACAUUAUGCAAGCACCACUAAAGAUUUUUUCACUUUUCGUUAGAGGAACUCAUGCUUAUGUGCUUUUUAAAAUCCAUUUGAUGGAUGUAAACAUUUUUAGGGGUGCAAACUUGCCCUCAUCUUGUUUUCAUGUUACUGACCGGACUCAUGUGGGUCUGUAUUGGUUGUUUGGAGAUUUGUGAACAUGUCUUUUUCUCUUGUGUAUAUAGUUAUGUGCAGUUUGUAAUCAGGUCGCUUAUAGUGACUUUCUAUCAGCUAUUGACAAAACAAACCACAGUGUCUGCCUGGUUUCCAGAUGUCAUGGUCCUAACAUCAUCCAGUUUUUUAAAUAUUUCAUCCCACAUACUUCAGGUUAUGGAAAGAUGGUUACAGUAGUUCAAACUUGUGUUGCUUAACAGGGAGAUAAGAUUAAUGAUCAAACCUCGUCGUAUGAAGGAAUAUGUAAUUGUUAAAACCAACAAAACACACUGCUUUCAGAAAUGCAACACUUUUUGGGGGAGGGGAGUUUGAUGGAGGAUUGGAAGUCUAUCGUUCAGUAUUAUUCUGCAGUAUUUACUAUUUUAUAUAUUUGUAAGUCUGUGGGAUUCAAUAAAGCAAUGACAUCAGCACUGACAGCAUUUAGGCAAGCCUAAAAAGAGUCUAAAGCUUGACUGCUUUAUUAAUAUUCAUGCUGCGACUGAACUCUAGAUUACAAUUAUUGGCCUUUGAUUUGUUUGUCAUUCUCUAUUCAACCGAAUGACAUUUGUAUUAUCAAUUACUUUUGAUCAUCAUAUGUAUUUAUGGCAGUUAACAGAUGUGUCAUGAUUUGUUGGUCCUAUGUGCUUCUCCUUAGAGAUUGAGAGUAAAUAUGCAUUUCGUAACACAUUGUAGUGCAGUGGUGUGCAGAGGCCGAAAUUCUUUUUUUAUGCACAAUUGUGGUAUUCAUACUUUUUAAAAAUGUAAAAUACAUAUGUUUUUACUUUAACAAUCAGGCCUAACCAAACAAUAUUUGUACUUACUUCCAGCAGAUUCUAGCUGUCAGUAAGCAUCAAUACAAACUACAUAUUUCUUCAUGUGAGUUUUCAUGCUGCAGAAACCAUGUAAACUUGUACUACAUGACGAGUGGCUCUUAAUAACAACAUAUUUCAUGAGAACAGGAAGCAUCCCAGCAGCGUGUUCAGUGGGAAAUUGACAUCCCAGUGUCGUGUUGAGCAACCAUCGAUGUAUCUGUUUGUCACUAAAGUCCUCAGUGGGUGUAAAGGGUCCUCGCCCGGUCCGUUUGUGUACAACAACAUGACACUGUGGUACUUCAGCUCCUGGUGGAUUGGCCCAGUUCAUCUUUGUUUGUGUGUUGAACUGAUCUCAGAACAAAGGAUUACAUCCUGCUGUGCUGCGAUGCCCCCGGGGGGGUCACAAGCUUAUGAGUCAUCUGAUCAUUCCUGUGUUUACUGUUGUCAUGAAGAGGAAUUACUCCAAGUGUUAAGAUCUGAUGUGAAGCAAUUUAAAGAUCUGAGGUGCAGUUAUUCAACAAACAGCUGAAUCUGCGGGUCAAUGCAUCUGAGCGCUAUGAUAGUUAUGGGAUGUUUUUGUGCAAGUUUGCCUACAAAGUAUGCAACACUUCUCUGACACCCUGCAGAUCCUCAAAUCUCCAAAGAUUUUUUGUAUUUAACACUUAAACCAUAAUAACAAUCCAAAAAGGGAUUUUAAAUAAGUGUUUUCUUUUGAUGUUUAUUACAAAAAGGAACAUGUAAAUGUUACUUCUGUUGUGUUAUCGUGUCUAACAUGUUUGUCUUUCUACAUGUAUUUUCUGGACGGUGGUUAUGUAUCAUUUGUAAUUAAUGUUGCAAUUCUUCAGUAUUCACAUUUUUAAAUCAUACAAUGUUUAUAGUGUGCUGUGGAAAAAAGUAAGAUGUCUUCACCAAAAUACUGGUACCUGCAAUCAGCCAAGAAUUGUUUGCAAAGCAAAUAAAACAUGAUGAUAAAUGA